AUGUUUCAAUGCAUUGUUUCAGUUUCAGUUUCUGUCCCAUGGUUUUUGCAGAUGGAAGAGGUGGUUGUAGAGAGUGCAUGGAAGAAGCUUGAUGAUGCAGCAGUUGCAGGAAGAAGAAUAACUUUCGAAGAAAUUUCGGGGGUUGUUUCCGGCCCGUUGCAGUCACCGGUUGCCGAUGGUUUCGUUCUCCGUCGCAACAUUCAUGUGAGCCUAUUGAGUAUUGUUCGAAAUCUUGCUUGCUUGAAAGGAUCAUCGUUGUCUUCAAGAGGAAAUGAGGUUCAACCAUAUGUCUUGAACAACAAUCGGUUUUACCCGUACUUUAAGGAUUGUUUAGGGGCCAUAGACGGUACUCAUGUUCGUGUAAAGGUGGCAAGAUCUGAUGCUCCGAGAUUUCGAGGAAGAAAAGAUUGGCCAACUCAAAAUGUGUUCGCCGCCUGUGAUUUUGACAUGAAAUUCACAUACGUUCUUGCUGGGUGCGAAGGGACUGCAUCGGAUUCAAGAAUUUUGAAAAAUGCUUUAGAUCGAGAUGAUCCGUUGGUUAUCCCCCAAGGAAAAUACUACCUGGGUGAUGCUGGAUUUAUGUUGAAAAGCACAGUUUUGACACCAUAUAGAGGCGUCAGAUAUCACUUUAAGGAAUAUACACGCAAAGGACCACAAAAUGCGCGCGAGUUGUUUAAUCAUCGACAUUCAUCGUUGAGAAAUGUAAUUGAAAGAAGUUUUGGUGUGUUGAAAAAACGAUUCCCUAUCAUUGGAAGUGGCACUGAACCACACUAUGAUUUGGAGACUAUGACAAAGAUUAUCUUAGCAUGUUGCAUCUUGCACAACUUCCUUCGUACCGUGGAUAAUGAGGACUCAUUACUUGAUGAAGUUGAUAAUGAGUUGAAUGAAAGACAACAGCAUAAUGUGUCAUCGUCUCAACUUAGGGAAGAGGAUCAUAGGAUGGGUAGUAAUAUUAGGGAUGCCAUAGCAGAUCAAAUGUGGCGAGAUUAUCAGAACUCUUAG